AACAACUUCUCAACCUCCACCUCUAAGAACUUUUUCUCCAAAUAACAUCGCCACGAGAACAAAAUCUCUUACAAACCAAGAGAUAUCUUCAUUCUUUUAUUGAGUUUCUCAAAGUAACUUGAAAUAAUACGACAAGAUGUCGGACAUUCCAAAGAAAAAUAAUCCUCAGACGGCCCCGUAAGUUUCAACACAGACAUUCCAAAGGCAACAAAAAAUUCCAUUUACAAUGUUGACAAUCUAUUUUCCAGUACUCCUCAAAACACCCCAAUGAAUAACGCUCCUAUUUCAUCGCAUGCUCAGCAACCUGGUGUUGGCACGAUCAAGGAAGGUAUGUUGUUACUCCGUCCUACACCGAGUUUUCUGAGCCAAUGACUGACAUUUAUCUCGCAGAGGAGUUUGAACGCGCUGCAGCAGCCUCUCUCUUCGCACAAAACCCAAAACUUGUCCAGAUGAUCCAUGGAAAGCUUGGCAGUCUUGUUGGCCGUUCAUCUGGUUACAUCGAGUCCCUCCCUACACCAGUUCGUCGUCGCGUUGCCGGUCUUAAGGGCGUUCAAAAAGAACAUUCGAAGUUAGAAGCCGAGUUUCAGGAAGAGGUAUUGGAGCUUGAGAAGAAGUACUUUGCCAAGUUUACCCCUCUGUACCAGAAGCGAGCCAAGAUCGUCAACGGCGAGGUCGAGCCCACUGAGGAGGAGAUUAAAUCUGGUGAGGAAGAGGAUGAAGAGCACGAUGCAGAACCAGCCGAGAAGGUCGAUGAAUCCGCCGAGAAGAUUGCCGGUAUUCCAGAAUUCUGGUUGUCCGCAAUGAAGAACCAAGUUUCGCUCGCCGAAAUGAUCACAGACAGAGAUGAGGCCGCCCUCAAGGACUUGACCGAUAUACAAAUGGAAUACCUCGACAAGCCCGGUUUCCGUUUAAUUUUCCAAUUCGCCGACAACGAGUUCUUCACCAACAAGACAAUCACCAAGACUUACUUCUAUCAAAACGAGAGUGGCUAUGGUGGAGACUUCAUCUAUGAUCAUGCUGAAGGUGACAAAAUUAAUUGGAAGGAUGGCAAGGAUUUGACUGUUCGUGUUGAGAGCAAAAAGCAACGCAACAAGAGUAAGUUUGUCAUGACAUUGCGAUGUUAGGAAUUCGCUAAUCAUCACUCUAGACACAAAGCAGACCCGUGUUGUCAAGAAGACUGUCCCAACAGAGUCCUUCUUUAACUUCUUCUCCCCACCCAAGGCACCCACAGAAGAUGACGAUGAUGACACAGCCUCGGAUAUCGAGGAGCGCCUCGAGCUUGACUAUCAGUUGGGCGAGGACAUUAAGGAGAAGCUUAUUCCACGUGCGAUCGACUGGUUCACUGGAGAGGCUCUUCAAUUCGAGGAAUUGGAUGAUGAUAUGGAGGAGGGUGAUUUCGAGGACGAGGACGAUGAGGAAGAUAUGAGUGAAGACCGUGAUGAUGAUGAUGAUGAUGAGUCAGACGAUGAUGUAGGUUGUUAAUGGCUAUUUUAUCUACAGGAACUAACAUAAAUUAGGAUGAUGCCGCGAAACCCAAGCAGGAAGCCGCUGAAUGUAAGCAAAGUUAGAUGGAAUUUUGGUCUUUAUCGAUAUUUUCACUCCCUUGACUACCUUUAAAGGACGUUCUUGGCCUAUAAGUACCUCCGAAGUGCCUUUGGCACACAAAGUCGUUCUGGAAGAACAGUCCGCAAUUGCAUAGGUGUUUGUCCCAACUGCAUUUUGUUCCGGUAUUUUACUCGCUUCUAUUAGAAUAGCCUAAUUGCUUAAGAAGCUUACAUCCCUUCCAUACUCUCGAUCUCUAUUUUCUGUUGGCACAGUGGAGUAUGUAGAUUUCUUCCCAAGAAAAGUCAAAUGACGAUCAUGAUUCUACUCAGUUGCAUAUCCAUUUCUGUAUGUGAGAACAGAAUAAACAGAAUGAAGCCGCUAAGGCAAUGUUC